AUGAAUGCUCUAGCCAUUAAUGAAACAUUAUCUUCUCAUCGAUAUUUAAACAUGGGUAUAUCAUUGGAAGGAGAUCAUGACUGCAAUUUAAUAAACCGAUCUCUCUGUUCUACAACAAAGAAAAGUUUAGUAGUGUCAUUUUGGCGGGAAAGCUCGCGUGACAAAUGGCUAGCGAAAAAUAUAUUAAAAUUGUUCGCUGAAGAUCAUUUUACUCGUAUCAUCAUGGUGCACGAUAAUUCGAGUUGGUUAUCGUUUCCUAAUCGUGAACGAUUGAUAUGGAUACAUGCCAACGCUCAAAAACGGUUCUGGUAUUUGAAACGUUUUCUAACGCCACCGGUUCUGAAAUCAUAUAACUAUAUUUGGGUGCUUGAUGACGAUGUAGAACUGUUAUUUGAUCCUCUGCAUUAUGAGUACGUUAUCGCCCAACUGGACAUUAGUUUAUCGUCUCCAGGCCGAGCAAAAGGCAAUAUAUCUCAUCCCAUUACACGCGUGAACAAAGAUUUUGUCAGUAAGAUCGGCCGAUGGACAGAUUUUGUCGAGAUCGGUCCCAUUUUUGUCGCAAGUUCAACCGCAUGGGAAUGUUUGUGGCAUUAUAUGAGCCCUUUUGUGGGACUAGGCUGGGGAUUUGAUCUAGUUUGGUGUAAACUACUCGCCCAUAAAUGCUCAUUGAAUACAACCAUUGAACAGUCGUGUGCAGUACUCGAUAUCUUCAUUUCUAAUCAUCUAUCGGAAUACAUCAGCUCAAUUGCCGCAGGAAGUCAAGAACUUCCAGCUUACAAGUCAUAUUAUAGCAACUUUCAUACUAAAAAAAAUAACAUUGGACCACUGGUACAUAAUCUCAAAAUUUAUUUCUCGUAUAACAAGACUAGGCAAUAA